ACAGGUCGAGAGGAGAAAAGUGGGAAACAUCAAAUUCUGCACUCAGAUAUUCACGCACAGACGACAGGGCUGACCUGAAGGUGAAACCUAUAGACUGAUCCCCUGGGGGGGAAAAAAAUCACCCAAUCCAACAUACAUAUCUCUAGAAUGAAAGUUGAAAUAGACCAAUGUGAGGUGUUAGACACCCGGCCUGAUUUCCAGCCUUGUUCAAUGGGUGCAGGUGACCUCUGGGUCGUGGAAGCUCUGAUCUCCAUGACUGAGCACUGGAAGACGAGGAACUUCAGGCCCAAACAGCCCAGACCCCUCACCCCCUCCUCAGAAUGCUCAGAGGAUGACUCUGUGCCCUCCGGUCUUUCUGCGAUGCAUGAGUCGUCUUUUUGCAUGACGCCACCCUACAGCCCACCCCACUGUGAGGCCACCCUUUCAGGGUCACCGCAUAAACUGCAUCACUCUCCAGAGGAUGGAGCCAUUUCCCAGAAGUACCAGUGCACUAGUGUGAUCCGCCACACUGCGGAUAUCCAGCACUGCUCCUGCAGCACUCAACCCUUGCAAGAAGACACAGCCUCGGAGUCUCUUGCGCAGGACUCUAAAACGAAUGUGGACGCCUCUAACAGUUGGACUAACAGAGACUCUGAUAAGACUGUUGCAAAACAGAAAACCUCCAAAGAUGCAUCAGCGCACUUUGAACCCAGCCAGAUCCAGAUGAGUCGGAUAAAACCGGAUGACAGAUCAAACAUGGCCUCAUCAGUUACGGCUGGAAUCACGCUAGUUUCUCGUGUACCAGUCUUUAGCCAAAUCGUUCCCGUGUCCUCCACAUCCACCGUUAGACCGCAAAACAGUGUCAUAACCUCUUCGUCUGUUCCAUUAACAAUCACACCCUCACACACUUCACAGCAGAAACUUGGAUCGCCACUGAUACCAACAGGUUCCCCUCCACGUAUCCUGUUAGUAGAGGGUCAGGUGGUGAAAGGCCCCAUAGUGUUUCUUGUCCCCCAACCAUCAGUUCCUGCCAUCUGGAAGCUUCAGCAAGCGCAGAUGACAUCUGGUAGCACCAGGUUUGCACCCAUUGCACCCGCUCCUGGGCGUGCCGCGUUGGAGCAAAGGAGCGCCACUCUGCAAAGAGAGUCGUCACGUGUGCGCAGUCAUGUUUGCCCUCAUGAGGACUGUGGCAAGACCUACUUCAAGAGCUCCCAUCUCAAGGCCCACAUGAGGACACACACAGGUGAGAAACCCUUCAAAUGCAAGUGGGAGGGCUGUGAGAGGCGAUUCGCUCGUUCGGAUGAGCUUUCCCGCCAUCGUCGAACACACACCGGAGAGAAAAGGUUUACGUGCCCCAUCUGCCUCAGUCGCUUCAUGCGCAGCGACCACCUGUCUAAGCACGCCCGACGACACUUUGUGGCAAGGAAGAAACCCUUCUGGGCAUUAGGGAUAGGUCCUGCCACAGACCUCACUGUGUCCACUGCUAUGAAAGUCUCCUCUACGAACGCUCUCGUGAAACACUAAUUGCUGAAAGGCCAAAGACUGCGAAAGCAAACAAAAACUUUUUGAGGGUGAAUUUGCAGAUAUUUGUUUAUCCACUUAAAAAGUGCAACAGAGGCUAAACACUGCUGUGUGUAUGGAGGAGAUGAAUCAAACUCUUCCAUGAGCUUUUUUCCUGCAACCUUUUGUUUUUCUGUCAACCUUUUUUUUAUUUGACCAAAGAGUCUGUUUGUGCCUUAUGAAAUAUAUUAUUUUUAA